AUGGAUGUUAUGGCUGUGACAGGGGCUGGUGAGGAGGUUCGUGGCAGCCCUCUGAGCGAUGUCGUGGACCGUCGAUUGCAUCGCCAGGCGUUGAGGACGGCGUGGCUCGGCACCCUAUCGCCCGAGGCCCGACAGCCGGCGUCAAGGCAGGGUACCGCGGCAACCACGCCCGCCCUACGCCCCCCCUAUCGCGACGGGAGGCCGGAGUUGGUGAAUAUCACUGCGGCGGCUGGUAUAUCUCAAUCUACUCAGAUGGCGACGGCAGGGCCACAGGGGGAAGCCAGGGGCCGGCAGCGGCGGGAUGGGUGGGUGAGAAUGGCCGAAUGCGAGAUGCGAAUGGGGAGUUGCGGCAGGGGGCGGCGCCGCUGA